AUGUCGGAUAAUUCAUCGCAGGUUGGUGACGAACGCUGCGCUGGUGGAUAUAAAAACCGUUGGCUCGUUCCACCAGAUUCCCCAGGUCUCUCGUUUGUCUUGUUCAACCUCGACAUGUUCAAGUCUCUUUCUCUCGGAUCUUUGGCCGUGGCCUUCCUGGCCUCUGGCGUCGUGGCUCAACAACCAGAAUGGGCACAAUGCGGUGGUAUCAACUGGACUGGUGGAAAAACCUGCGCUUCUGGUCUGAGCUGCGUCAAGGUUAACGACUACUACUACCAGUGCCAGAAGGGUUCUGGUAACACACCCACCACUACCGCUGCCACCACUGCCACCACUGCCACCACCAGCAAUGGAGGUAGCACUCCUCCUACUACUACUAGUGGCGGCAGCACCCCCACCAGCACCGUCGGUCCCUCGGAUAACCCAUACAGCUCGGACUACACUGUCUGGCUCUCUCCUUUCUAUGCUGCUGAAGUCGCUGCUGCAGUCAAGAACAUCUCUGAUGCUACCCUCGCUGCAAAGGCCGCCAAGGUUGCGAACAUCCCUACCUUCACCUGGUUCGAUGUCCGGGCAAAAGUCCCUACUCUCGGUGAAUACCUCGCCGACGCCGACGCCAAGUACAAGAGCACCGGCAAGAAGCAAAUUGUCCAAAUCGUUGUCUACGAUCUUCCGGACCGUGACUGUCAUGCUAAGGCCUCUAACGGUGAACUCUCAUCUGCCAACGGUGGCGAGGCUCUCUACAAGCAAUACAUCGACGACAUUGCUGCCUGGAUUACCAAAUACCCCCAGAUCCGCGUUGUCGCUGUUGUCGAGCCUGAUUCGCUUGCCAACUUGGUCACCAACUUGAGCGAUCCUCGUUGCUCUGCUGCCAAGGAGGUCUACACGCGCUCAACCAUCUACGCCAUCCAGAAACUCAGCCAACCCAACAUCUACCUCUACCUUGAUGCUGGUCACGCUGGCUGGCUCGGAUGGCCCGCCAACCUCCCUCCGGCUGCUCAGCUCUUCGGUGACCUUCUCAAGUCUGCCGGCGGUUCCUACCGUGUUCGUGGUCUUGCUACCAACGUCUCCAACUACAAUGCCAUUGUUGCCGCUUCCCCCGACCCAGCCGCUUCCCCCAACCCCAACUACGACGAGCAGCACUACAUCUCCGCCCUCAUCCCUUACCUCCAGCAAUACGGCUUCCCACCCCACUUCAUCGUUGACCAGGGCCGCUCUGGUGUCCAGAACAUCCGUGACGAGUGGGGCAACUGGUGCAACAUUGAGGGUGCUGGAUUCGGUCUCCGCCCUGGCCCCAGCACUGUCGCCGGCAUUGACCAAGUCGUCUGGAUCAAGCCCGGUGGAGAGAGUGACGGUACCUCCAACACCGGCGCUGUCCGCUACGACUCCACCUGCGGCCUCAACGAUGCCAAGAAGCCCGCUCCUGAGGCUGGUACCUGGUUCCAGGCUUACUUCGUUGACCUCGUCAAGAACGCCGUCCCCGCUCUCUAG